UCCAAAUAUCGAUUUUUAUUUACAUAUUUUUUAAAAGUAAAUUUAUAACAAAAUGGAAUCUGAAAGAAGUUUCGACAACAUCAAAGCUUCCCACGCAAGAAUUGAGACAGACGUGGAAGAAAAUCUAUACAUAAUGUCCGGUAUCACCAAUAUUGAGCGUGAUUUCGGCUACAUAUCGAAUAUGCUGAGAUGGAAGGAAAUCCGUUUUUUCGGUCCAUCCCCGCACGGUUUCCAUAACGCAUCUGACUUCUUUUCAGAAUAUUCAACACAACGCAUCAUGGUGCGCAAACGGGUUGCAGAUGUGACGAUUAUAGGUUAUGCGGAAUUCAGUUACUAUCCACUAAUAGGAGCGCUGCCACCGGAUUGCUGGACAAACUGGUUGCAACAUCAUUUCUGUACCACCAAAGAGUACAAUCUUAACAGGGGCGACACAAUGUUUUUUACUCGCUUCAUAUUUUUCCCAAAAUAUAAUCCGACGCUCUUGCUUCGUAUACUUAAUGAGUUUUUCCAUCGUGAAUUUAAAAUAUACUACGUUGUGAUACUGCAAAUGCCUACUGACCCUAAAAUGCCGCCAGAAGAUACUCCUUGCUAUGAUAUGCUGCAGGGCAUGAGCACUAUUUUGUAUCCGCGCAAUUUUAGCGUACAACAAUGCCACAAUGUUCAACGGAUGCAUAUAAUACAUCGCAAUAAUGUUAUAGAGCGCAUGCGUUACCGUAGAGCUCUGCCUGAAGAUAAUGACGACAUCGUAGAAGUGAUUGAUGUGGAUCGUCCGGAUUUGCGUGAGGAAUAUGGUGACUUUUACAUAGCCGAAGAACUGCAAAAAGAAAUGGAUGAAGGCGAUAAACACAAUACUUUCAUAGCUUGUGAGUUACAACACCAAACAGUCGGCUUCAUAUGGCUUAAUGACGAUGUCAAUGUUAUGGCGCUGGUGGAAAACUUCGAAUGCGAGGGGUUUGGUAAUAUGAUAAAGUUCUCGGCAGAUAAACCCUCUUUUGACAAACGAGUUGUUGUUUCUGGCACUGAGAAGAAGCCCUACUAUAACCUUUUUACAUCAGAAGCAAUCGAGGAAAUAUAUGAGCAGGAAUUACAUACAUUAACCGCUGCAACGAAAAAGAUAGACUCUAGUAAAACGUGCAAAAGUCCAACAUGCCCGAAAUAUCCAGGCAAAAGCCUCGUAACCACUAUUCCAAGUCAAGAUGGCACAAAUUUCAAUUAUAGCAUCAGCGAUACGGGCAAUGAUUACUUUCGCUUACGAGAAGAGUUCCUGCGAAAAGUGCAAAUACUCGAAACUUGUUUGAAGAGUCAUGAACACUACCAAUUGGAUUUUCGCAAACGUUUGCGCAUUCCGUACAAUGUACCAGAUACAUAUAAGGUCGGCGACGAUCGUGCUUUUCCAUUCGAUGCAUAUCCCAAUGUGUUCGCCAUAAAAUUGUUGGGCAUUAACGAAGCUACGGACACACGUUUUGCUUCACGUUUUAUUGCGGUUGCUUUCACCGCACAUCCGGAUCGUGAUUACUGUGUCAUAUCCAUUCCCAAUAGAAUGAAUUUACCGAGAAGUGUUGCAAUGCUGCUGUGUUUGUUUGUGAGCCUCGUUCCACGUCCUGGCUCAAAAAUCGAUGACACCGUUUACAUCAUUAACCGGAGUUCCAUUUUCGGCUACAUGGGUGUAAUGAAUGCAUUGCCCGAGGAUGUUCCUUUCAUUGAAAAACUUGUAAAAAAAUCAACAGCAAUGCUCAAUAAGCGUGCCUCAACCUAUUCAGUAGUCCUUUCCAAGCAGUCGUUACUUGCACCACCCGAGACGCUGGUCGAAUCUAAAAUCAUUCACACCGUAUUGGCAGAUGUCUUCGAAAAUCCAAAUAGCGAAUACAAUUUUUUAACAAUCCGUUGUGGCGAUCCGAAGCGGCCGUUGCAAAGCAACACCAUUGUUGGCUUCGUCAUAGUGAGACCCUUCAACAAGCAACAAGAGUUGGAGUAUAAAUAUAAUUGCAUGCGUAAUGAGACGAGGUUGAAAUGUGCUCCAGGCGAAAUUGUCGUGUUAAGACUACAUCCAAAUUACACGUGGGAGUCGGAUGUCAUAUUUCGUCAAAUAUCCUGUGUGACUGGUUACUGGGAGUUCUAUUAUGUGCAGUCGACAAUGAGCGGUGUUAAAGCACUAACCAAUGAUUUAGUCAAACAAAUGCAACCCAUUGAACCGCGAGAAAUUGCACAAUUACACCGUCGAGAAUCAAACGAACCAACAGUCACAACUUCUACCGACACCAUUAAUCCUCUGGACUUUAAAAAUGAUAGUUUUGCUGUUUACUAUCACAAUUUAUUGCCGUCAAAACCAUUUGGUAAUUCAGAACCCAUUGUAAUACUGGGCUUCAAUAGUAUGACUCGUGCCCUUCUACGAAUACUUCUUUUCAACUUUAUAAACUCCAGCGAAAUGAAAUGUCAUUGUUGCCUGCCGCGCCCGCGCGUUACCGUCGUUUCAUCAACGGGCGUAGUGGAAGGCAUCUACGAUCGUAAUUUUAAAUGCAGUGUCUGUGAGGAUCAGAGUAACUGUUAUGUUAAUACUGAGAAUAGUAACAGUUUUAUUCGCGACACUUUGAGUUGCAUGGACUUUCGAAAAUUUUUCUGUUUCACCAGCUCCACCGUGAAGAUGAUCAAUAGAGAAGAACGAAAGCUUGUGUUAGUGAAUGGCUGUGAACUUUUAUAUCAAAGUCUCAUUUUUGCACUAAGUCAGCGUUUUGGUGUUCCACCAGCUGUACAACGUGAACAACGCCCCUCAAACUAUAUGCAUAUGAAUAAUCGUUUUGAUAAAAUCGUUAUGUAUUAUAAACUCGAAGCCCUUCUGAAUGAUCGCAAUGCGAAUGAUAUCAACAUAAUUGUGUUUGGCUCUCACUUAGGCACCUUUGAGUUCAUAAAUUUUCUAAUUACCCAUAAUACACCCCCACAAGCCAUCACAUUGGUCUUGCCAUGGGAUCCGAGAGCAAAUGCAAAUUACAUGAAGUUUAAUAUAAGUAAUAUGGAUAUUAAUAUUGAAACAAUACUGCAAGAGAUGACCGAAGAUUUGGGUGUGAAAGUGAAAGCAAAUUGCGUUCUGAAAAAAUGGAUUUUCUACGAAAAUGAGAAAAUCAUAUCGCAUGCAGUGUUCGAGAAUCAGAAUGACGGCAAUAUAAUGACAUUAGCUUGUGAUCUAUUUACCAGUUUCCAUUCACAUGUCAUCAGCACAGAAGUAUUGGACAUAAUGGCAAAUGCGAAUAUUGAAAUGGAUGGAUCGCAUAUUCUAAUUGAUGAAAAUUAUCGCACCAGUGACCCGAAUAUUUUCGCUGUGGGAAACUGCGCCCGUUUGAGAGUAACUCCGAACCAUCAGUAUACACAUUGUGCCAAGGAUGAAUUAGCGGCUAAGCUAAUUAACAGCCUCAACUUGAAUCUGAAUGAAGAGGCGGAGCAUUCUGAAAAAUUUAUCAAACCGGUCUACUUUCAAGCACAACUACCAUUAGGCUACUUUAUGGCUAAAGUAGUUUUGCCCAAGCUGUAUGUUGCACGUCAUUUGGAUAAUAAUUAUGUGGUAUCGCUUAACACAUACGAUGGAAAUUUUACACGCGUGCGCAUCAACGAGCAUGGUAUCGUAGAAGAGAUUGUGUGUGUAGCUAAAACUAAGCGCAGCUUUGAUCACUUGCAAUAUUUCGUGGGUAAACAUGAGGCAUUAUUGAAUGAUUUGCAUGUACGCUGGUAUCUAAAGGGAAUAACUAGUUUUGUUGAUUUUUUCGAGGAGCCUUGGACUGAGCUGAUCAUGCAUCCGGGCUUUGAUGAUUUACGUCGUAAAAUUCGUAUCCUCGCGCUCGAUACUGCUAAGGAAGUUAUGAGUAUGGACCCGGAAAUGGAUCGCAGAACGCGCAAGGAGUUCAUGAAGCGUCACAUGGCCGAUUCGAAGAACACGCACGAGGUGGAGAAAGCAUUAUUGCGCUUCUUGAGAAAAAACCGCGAUGACUUUAUAUAUCCUUUUGCCUUGCCUGAGGACUUUCAUCUUAAUCUCGCCAGUAAAUUAAAUAUGUGAAAUACCGAUUUUGUAGUAGCACACAUAGUUAGUUCUAUUCUUUAUUACUGUACUAAAAAUUAUUGAGUGUAUUGGUUACUUUUGCCUAUAUAUUGCUUAAAUUUGCUUAAAUAGAUAUUAAAUACAU